UUUUGGCGGGAACGCGAGCAGUGAAGUUGUGUGAUUUGUUUUAUUUUGUCUAUUUAGUGUUUUUUCAGGUUUAAAUGUGUAAUAACGGUGGUUUAUUAACUGUUUAGUAUCUGUGGAAGUGCACAAAUGUGGGAAAAUAAAAUAAAGCCACUGAACGUAGCUUCUCGGUUUCCUCCAAGAAGUCCACUGAAAAAAUCUUAUUACCAGGUCAUAAAAUCCCUUUAAAAAAAGCGGCAAAUUAAUGAAAAAAUAACUGAAGCUAAAGAAUUAUUAAAAGUCUGGGGAAGGUCUAAAAAAACAAGUGAAGUGAAUAAAUUAAUAAGUCGAAUAGCUAAGAGAGGAAAUUCAUUCACAACAUAAACUUUAAGCACCAAUAAGAUGCUUUUAAAAGUAUCGCCGAAAUCAACAGCAGAUGAGGAAUUCUCUUCCCACGAUCUAGAGAGACAAAUUGUUGACUACACUGAUAGUUCUACACGGUUUUAUGAAGCACCACGAGAUUUUUCCAAGCAGUACGCCCAUAUAUAUUCAGCUAGGUUAUGUACAUUCCGAAAUAUUUUGACUCCGCUGAUAAAAAAUAAGUGGUCAAAUAAAUACAAGAUUUUAAAGCUUUGUGAUUUACGUGAAAGCGGUACCUCUUGUGUUAUAAUUGGAACACUGUUCAAACUGCAAGAAUUGAAACCAAGCAUUCUGAAAGAGCUUUCAGAUCAGCUUGAGAUUAUACCACAACCAACUAGGACUCAUUUCGUCCAUGAUUCCGAUAGCCUUGUGUUAGAAGAUGAAUUGCAAAGAAUCAAACUUGUAAGCGAUGUUAUAGAUAUCCAUCAAGUAGUCACUGGAGUUGUAUGUGCAAUUUUAGGAUCUGAAGAUGAGGAUGGUAUAUUUACUGUUAAAGAUGUCUGUUGGCCUGGUUGCAGUAUACAAAAACCACUUCCAGUUAGAAAUGAAGACAGAUACAUAGUACUUAUGUCGGGUUUAAAUAUGGCAUCAAAGUCUGCAGAUCAAAUUUUGUCCUUGCACUUAUUUUUGGAAUGGAUGUCAGGAUUAGCAGGCACAUCUUAUUAUCAAGAAGAAGUUUCUAAAAUUGUACGAGUUAUAAUAGCCGGUGGAGUGUUUGCAAAUCAUUCAGAUGAAAGUGUUCUAAAUGAAUCAGAUGUCAUAUCGUCAGCAGAAUUGGUGGAUUCAUUGGCAGCAGCUAUUAGUGGUGUGGCUCCUUUAGACAUAAUGCCAGGAUGCAAAGAUCCUAAUGAUGUAAUGUUACCACAAAAACCUUUUCAUUACUGUUUGUUCCCUAAAGCUACUGAAUACAAAUCGUUCCGCCGUGUUUCUAAUCCUUAUGAAUGUGAAAUAGGAGGGUUGUUAUGUUUAGGUACUUCAGGAGAGCCAGUAAAGGAUAUAAUGAGAUAUAGUAACUUAGAUAAUAGUCAAGAGGUACUUAAAAAAACAUUGGAAUGGAGGCAUUUAGCACCAACAUGUCCUGAUACGGUACCUUGUACCCCAAGUGUGGAUACAGAUCCAUUUAUUAUUUAUAACUGUCCAGCUAUUUAUUUUAGUGGAAAUGCUGAUGAAUUUGGAACUACCUUAUAUGAAGGAGAAGAAGGGCAACGCAUCAGAAUAGUAUCAAUUCCAGAUUUUUGUAAUACUAAAUCGAUAGCAAUUAUCAAUUUAGCAAAUUUGGAAUGUUACAGCAUGAGUUUUUCUUGAUUUUCAUAUAAUUUGGAAUAAAUUGAUUAAGUGCACAAA